AUGAGUGCACCAGGCAAACUAGUGGUGCUUUGCCUGCUCUGGGGGCUCCUCCCCGAAGCCUGGUGCUGGCUGAACUGGUUCGGAAUGGGAGGGAAGAAGACGGCCACCACCCUGAACCCGCCGCUGCCCGUGGUCACCGCGCGGCCCCCGCUCAGGCCCACGGUGGAGCAGCCCGCCACCGGAGCCCCCCGGACCAGCGCCGGGCGGCUGGCCGGCGGCUCGCCGGGGGGCAUCGCCGGGGCGGGCGCCGAGAUGCCGGACGCGGCGGAGGGCGUACGGGACCUGCUCUGGACCUGGGACGGGGCACCCGGCGGCGCCGGCACACCCGAGACGCCACCGGCCGCCGCGGGGAGGACAGCGGGAGAAGAUGCCGGAACAGCGGGCCGGGCUCCGACCCCGGCGGUGGGGACCGCCGACCCCGAGGCCGGCACGCCGUCGGGGACGACCGCAGCCGGCGGCGGGACAGCGCCCGCGGUGACGGCGGCUCCGCCCGCCGGCCAGGGGACCCCUCGCCGGCCGGAGCUGGCCGGCGGCGACCCCACGGCUGCCCCUUCCUCCGAGCCGCCCUGUGGCCUCCGCUGUCCAGGUAGCAGCCCCGGGACGGGCCCAGCACCCGGUAGACCGCGGCACGCGAACGUGGCGAGAGGCGGGUUUCCGGAGGGCGGGGAAGCCGCCGGAAGGUCUUUGUGGACUGGCCGCUCACCGACAGAGGACCGAGUGCAUGAAGCCGCCCCAUCGUCGCCGGGGGCGGGGCGUGCGAUUAAUCAGCUAUCCCACAAUGCUCCGGGAGGUGGCCACAAAAUGGCAGCCGGGAAGGGUGGGAACUGGAGUGACAGCCAAUCGCCUCUCAGCGCUUCGAGCGCCAGUGACCUCUCUAAGCAUGAUGGGAUAGCGCUGGAUAAUUUGAGCCAUGCUAACAACCUGGUGUUUAAUCAGAACGCGACUAAUGGUGUGCUGGUUCGCUCUGCUACAGCAGGAGCUAGACUAGAUUUACUAACCCCUACUAAGGCUUCUGGUCCAGGUUCCUGGGAUGCCGCCUCUCCACCCUGGCCCGCUACCAGGCCGGCGCCGGGGCCCGGACCCCCAGUGCCCACUGACUGCUCUCCGCUGCCCCCCGCUUUGGAGUUCUGCCGCAAGCUGGGUCACGGCGACGUCCGGCUGCCAAACCGCCUGCGCCAGGCCAGCGUGGCGGAGAUCCAGGAGGCCGCGCUGAGGUGGCGGCCGCUCCUCCCCUCCGGCUGCCACCCCGGCCUGGAGGCGUUCUUCUGCCGCCUGCUGGCGCCGAGGUGCCACUCCCCCGAGCCGCCCUGCCGCCGGUACUGCGAGGCCGUUGGCGAUGACUGCUGGACGGAGUUAGCGGGCAGGGGCCUCCAGCUGCCCUGCCACCUGCUCCCCGACGACGAAGAGGGGUAUGGGUGCCUGUCUCUCCCUGUCAGCAGAGAUAAUGACCAGUCGGUGACUCUGCUACAGUUGCUGGGGGACCCUGCUCCAGAACAGGUUGCCGUGGAGUAUGGGCCUGACCAAAAUCAAGUGUAUAAAUUUGGCCCGAAUGUGAACACUGGACGGCUGGCCAGAGACCAUUUCCAAAGUCCAUUCUUCCGUGACUUCUCGCUGCUCUUCACAAUCAAGCCAACGUCCCCUAAGAGCGGCGUGCUCUUCGCUAUCACCGACGCCAGCCAGUCAAUCAUCUACAUUGGAGUUAAGCUCUCCGAGGUCAGGGAAGCAACGCAAGACGUUAUUUUCUACUACACAGAGCCUGGCUCUCAUGAGUCGAACGAGGCUGCGAGCUUCAGAGUGAAGCAGUUGACCAACAAAUGGACCAAGAUCGCCAUCAGUGUCAUGGGUGAGGCGGUGAGCCUCUACCUGGACUGUGAGCUACAAGGGACUGUCGACUUUGAAAGGUCCCCAGACGAGAUGGAGAUCAAUAAAGCCUCCGGGGUCUUUGUUGCCUUGGCGGGCGGUGCCGACCCUGAAAAUUUUUUGGGCUUUAUCUCGGAUCUGAAGAUAAAAGGGAGCCCUUUGGCAGCCAGGAUUUACUGUGAGGAGGAUGAUGAUGGGGAGGCUUCAGGAGAUUAUGGGAGUGGAUAUGGAAGAGGAACCCAGACGGUGACUCCUCCUUCACAUCAUCUCCCAGAAUUCCCACCGGUUCGCCCUCCUCCCAUCACGGUCGAUCGGAAUAUCCCCAAACUUGACAGCGCGCCUUUCAAACCGGCUGAGGAGAACGGCAAAUGGACCCGCGUCUCAGUGGGGGCGGGAGACUCCGGAGGAGAGAGUGGGAGUCGGGUGCACAGCAGAGCGAAAGGUGACAGCGGCCCUGGUCUCGGUACAGCCGCUGUGGUCAGAGGAGAGAAGGUAGGUGUGAAAUGGGCCUACCCAGGACAGGCUGCUGCCCGUCGGCUCACUAUUUCCCGGCCCGGGUUGGGGGUGGGGCUGCCCGUCGCUGGCUGUUGCCCGGAGGUGGCCCCACCCCCCACCUUGAGUCUGUUUGGUGUGGGACUGGAGUCACAUAUAGGCCCAGAUGGGGUGGGGUUUUUUUUUUUUGGGGGGAUUGUGGCCGGAAUCUCGGACUUAACCCCGUCGGCUGGACAUCCAGCGAAGCCCCCGCGUCGCCUCUGUGCGGGAGGGCCCGCCACACCUUGUGAGUGCCGCUCGGGCACCUCGCAGGCCAGCAGUGGGUGGGCCAUCCCCCACCCCCCCCCAACUGAGGACCCAGAGGCGGAAGCCCCGCCUUGCCGAGGGCUGACGGCCAAUCAGGAGCUGCACGGCUCCUCUGUGCUCAGUGGUGCCACCGGGCAGGCGGUGGCUGCUGCCGGUAUGACACCCGCCCCAGGUCUCGGCUCGAGGAGGAACCCAGGCGCAGGUGAAGGCGACCCUGGAGUCAAAGGAGAACAAGGAUUUCAGGGACCUCAAGGAUAUCCAGGAGAAACUGGGUUAAUAGGACCCCCUGGUCCACAGGGUCCAAAGGGUUCCCGGGGAGAUCCAGGCAUGAAGGGUGAGCCGGGUCGAGACGGUGUGGGAUUGCCAGGUCCUCCUGGACCCCCUGGAAUCACCUACAGUGCUGGCAGUGCGGCCGAUGGCCUCGCAGUUGUGCCUGGUUCAGAGGGCCCCAGAGGACUGAAAGGUGAACAAGGAUUCCGGGGUGUCCCUGGACCAGCAGGGCCAAAGGGUGAUAGGGGAGAGCCUGGCCAUAUUAUUGGCCCUGAUGGAACCAUAUUGAACACCCUGCUUGCCAAUAGCGCUGGAUCAAAGGGUGAACCUGGCAUUCCAGGAUUCAUGGGCCCACAGGGCAUGCCAGGCUAUCCUGGUCGCAAAGGUGAAAUCGGGUUGCCCGGACGACCGGGUCGGCCUGGCAUAAAUGGACUGAAAGGUGAAAAGGGUGAGCCAGGAGAUUUCAGUAGCAGCUUUGGGUUCAGGAAUGUUCCGGGCCCACCUGGCCCUCCAGGACCCCCCGGACCACCUGGUAUACCAAUGUUUAACGGUAACGUGUUCGGGGAUACAGCUGCUGGCUACCCUGGGAUUCAUGGGUCACCAGGUCCUAAGGGAGACCGUGGCAGUCCAGGAUAUCCAGGUCCUCCGGGAGAGAAAGGGAACGUAGGUAACCCUGGGGCCCCCGGCCCACCAGGAGCCAUCCCAUAUGAUUUGUAUGACUUCACCUCCUCAGUCAGAAGUGGGAAAGGAGACCCGGGCGAUGUGGGGCCGAAAGGUGAGAAGGGGGCACCAGGAGAUGGCUAUGGCUCGAGUAUAGCAGGCCCCCAGGGACCACCGGGGCCUCCUGGCCGACCAGGACUUCAGGGCCCGAAAGGAGACAGCAUUCUUGGGCCCAGAGGAUUACCAGGAAACCCAGGGCCCCCCGGAUAUGGCUACCCUGGAUCACCAGGACCCCCGGGGCCUCCUGGCCCACCUGGACUGUCAGCGUCAGGACACCAUAGAACAAGCAUCGUAGGACCUCCUGGCCCUCCUGGUCCUCCUGGCUCCGCAGCCUCAUCAACAGCAGUUACUGUGCUCCAGACCUACCAGACAAUGCUGAGCAUCUCUCGCAGCCUGCAUGAGGGAACACUAGCUUACGUCAUGGAACGCGGAGAUCUGUAUAUCCGAGUGCGAGAUGGUUGGCGGCAGGUUUAUCUUGGAGAAUACAUUCCUUACCCUGGUGCUGGAGUACAUGAAAACAAAGUGGAGGCCGUGGGAUCACCGCCAGUGGUGCAGUACUCGACGCAUGACGGGUCCACCCAGCGGGUGGAGGAGACAGUUACAGCGAGGCUGCACCCUGAGCCUCGCUUCCCCGAGCCGGAGCGCCCAGAGCCGCCAAAGCAAAGCCACCCGCAUCACCGGCCCGUCGCAAGAUGGCUGACCACCUCCGCACCCCCCCGCUCGGCAGCCCCUCCAAGGAUCAACCACCAUGGCUCCCCCCAUCGACCCCAUUUCGUCCCCUCUGGCCACGCGGAGCACCUACAUGGAGUGCCAAUGCUCCACCUCAUGGCACUCAACACCCCCCUCACGGGCAACAUGCAGGGGAUCCGGGGGGUCGACUUCCAGUGUUUCCAGCAGGCCCGUGGCGUGGGCCUGAUGGGGACGUUCAGGGGCUUCCUGUCGUCCAGACUCCAGGACCUGUACAGUGUCGUGCGCCGUGCUGACAGGCACUCCGUCCCCAUCGUGAACAGCAUGGGACAGGUACUGUUCGAUAGCUGGAGCUCGCUCUUCUCUGGAUCUCAAGCUCGCUUCAAACCCAACGCUCCCAUCUAUUCCUUUGACGGACGAGAUGUGCUUCAAGACCAUGCCUGGCCCGAGAAGUUCAUCUGGCACGGGUCGGACUCCAAAGGACGCCGUCUGUCGGAGAACUACUGCGAGGCCUGGAGGGAAGCUCGGUCCGACAUGACAGGCAUGGCCUCCUCCCUGCUGAGCGGCCAGCUCCUCGAGCAGAGGCCCAGCCGGUGCUCCAGCUCCUUCAUCAUCCUGUGCAUCGAGAACAGCUACCUGCCCCACGCUCGGAAAUAAGCGGCCGCUCUCGCCGCACCUCCCUUCCGCGGAAAGCGCGGCUCCCCUGCUGACGGAAGCGAAUUUUCUGUACAGUUGUAAUUUUUCUCCGAAACAAUUUAAGAAGAGAACGUGGAAGUGAAGAAAAGGCCAAAGAGAUCGGGUUUUCCGGCGAAUAAACGAGUGAAUGUCGCUCAUGGCGAUGUCCCAGCAUUCACUGGGAGGAUCCUCGGAAGCUCCUCAGAUAACACAGAUCUCCGUUGUGUACAUGUAACGAUUAAUAUUUGUAUAUGGAAUGUUUGUGCGCGCAAAUGUAUUUUUUUGUAUUUUCUACUUCUGAAAAUUAACCUUGUUUCAACCUGUGUAAUUUACUCCUGAUUUUCCGGUAGUGUCGUCCGAAAGUAUUUUUUACCAAAUACAAAAUGUGCUUUCUUUUUCCCUCCCAAAAUUGCAAGUCAAUUUCCACGGGCUGAUUCAGGAUACUUUUUUUUUUAGAAUAAUUGGUUGAAAAUCGCAAUCGCAAAUGGUCAUGUCCCGCUUUUUUUGCUUCAUACCCGCACACAGACGGAUGGCUUGA